AUGUUGAGUGCUUCUACUUUCCCUCAUGCAAGAAAAAUAUUUCUACCGUUACCUAAGUCCCAGCAAACUCGUGAACAACAAAGAAAGCAUCUUAAAACUACUUCUUUACCUCCUUUAUCAAGUAUUCCUGACAACUCCAACAUAAAGAAAUAUUUGUUUGAUUCGGCUAUCACACAAGCAAGG